GUGGACCGCAGAAUCUCCCGGCGACUUCACUCCGAAACGCACUAUUCAUGAACUGAAUAGUGCGUUAACUAUUACUACUAUAACUAUUUCUUAAGGAAUCUGCAAGGACAAGUUUGAGCUCGCACUAAAUGAAUUAAUUUGAAGAGUGUUGUCACUGUUCAUGUAUUUUUUUUUAAGUCACUCCACCUAACUUGAAUUCAUUCAUUAUGGUGGACAAGGGUCCCCUUUUGACUUCAGCUAUCAUUUUCUAUUUGUCCAUUGGGGCAGCAAUAUUCCAACUCAUCGAAGAACCGAACUGGGAGUUUGCAGUGAAGAAGUAUAAAGCCGAAAAGGAGAAAAUAUUGAAACAGUUCCCAUGUCUUACAAAGGCUGAACUGGACUACAUUCUAGAGGUGGUGUCUGAUGCUGCAGGACAAGGCGUCACCAUAACAGGGGACAAAGCCUUCAACAACUGGAACUGGCCCAAUGCAGUCAUCUUUGCAGCUACAAUUAUCACAACUAUAGGUUAUGGAAAUAUUGCGCCAAAAACGCCUCCAGGG